AUGAGAGCCUCUCAAGCAUGGAGAAAUAAUCCGCCGCAAUGCAUAUCUGGGGAGUACAUUGUUCCCGAGCGACUAGAAGCCGCUCUGAAAAGAAAUUAUCAAAACCAGUAUGCCGUUGAGAUGCGUUCUAAUGAGUAUCGUAUCCGAGCACCCGGCACGCUCAGUGAGACGGAAAUUCGCACAUGCUACUCCUUGGGCUACUAG